AUGGCAUCAUACGACCCGUAUGAUCACCCGGCCCGGGAGCGCUCCCGCUCCACAAGACGCUACUACCGCGAGGAGCGCCGCGAUGACAGAGACCCUCGAUACACCGGCGGCGCUGCCGACCAGUACCUCAACGUCAACCACGAUUUGAUUUCACGCCCACGUGAGGAUAGCGAUGUUUCUGUCGAGGAGAUCCGUCGUGACUUCCCGCCGCCCGGAUACUCUACUCGGGAUAUGCGCCGCGCCCGCUCUGCCGAGCCUGGCUACUAUGACGACCACGAUGAUCCCCGGGCCCGCUCUGGCCGGGACUAUGACUAUGACUAUGACCGACGAGAGGAGAAGAAGAAGUCCCGGCUGGGCAACAAGGAGCAGCUUAUCGCUGCGCUGGCCGGCGCCGCCAUCGCCAUUGGUGGAAAAGAGCUCUACGACCGCAAGGAAGCCAAGGACCAUGGUUCCGAUGUCCAUCGCAAUGUCCUUGCCUCGGCCGCUAUCGGUGCUGCUGGAGCUUUUGCGGGUUAUCAGGGCGCAGAUUUCUACACCAAGCAUAAGGAAAAGAAGGCUCCGCUGGUCCUUAGAGGACGCGAUGGCAGACUAGAGUAUCGCAACGAUGACGAAGUCAGUGCCAAGGACAACAAGGGUCACAAGAACUUCCUCGAGAGUGCCCUUGCCGCUGCUGGUAUCGGCAGCACCUUGAAGGCCUUGGCGGGAGGCAGCAGCAGCAGAGAUGACAGAUCCGAUACUAGAAGUGUCAGGAGUCGUCGCAGCAGCCGCUCUAGAUCUCGUUCCCGCGGGGGCGAUCCCGCCAAAAAGAUCCAAAAGGCUGCCAUGGCUUCCCUCAUUGCUGGUGCCACCGAAGCCUUCCGUGUGUCUAAAGAGCCAGGUGGUUGGAAGGGAGAAAAGGCCAAGCGCAUCCUUACUGCCGCAGCGGGUGCUGCUACUGUUGAUGCUGCCAUGAAGGGCGAUAAGGCGGGCAGCAAGCUUGGUUUGGCCGAAUCCGUCAUCGGUGGCCUGCUUGGCAACCGUGUGCUGAACGGCUCCAAGAAGAACAUUGAGGAGGAUGAGAAGACCGGUCGCUCUCGAUCGCGAUCUCGUGCCCGCUCCCGCUCCAAGGGCCCCGGUGGCGGGCUCGCCGCUAUCGCGACUGCCGGUCUCGGGACCUACGCUGCAAACAAGCUCAGCAGCCGAUCCAGGUCCCGACGCCGGAGCACCGACUCAUAUGACAGCCGCGAUGGCUCGCGCGAUAGACGUUAUCGCAGCCGCAGCCGCAGCGUCGUCGACUCGGCGCGCAAGGGCCUUGCCAAGCUAGGCAUCGGAAACGGACCAGACGACGAUGAGCGCGACCGCCACGACCGCAGAAAUUACGACGACUAUGCCGACUCUUCUCGAAGCGGGCGCCGACACCGAGACUACUCAGACGAUGAGCGCUCCAGGAGCGGCCGCAGCCGCAGUCGCUCAAGGGGAGGAGGAACCGUGGCAAGGAGACGCGAUGCUUCGCGGGGAUCAGUCUCCUCAUCCGACCUGGGAGAUUCGGAUGAGGACAGGAAGAGAACCAAGAAAAUGAGAGGUAAGCAAAUGAUUACUACAGGGUUGGCAGCUGUGGCGACCAUCCAUGCUGCCCACAACAUCUACCAAAGCGUGGAGAAGCACGGCGUACGUAAGAAGGCAGUGAGAGAAGGGAAGCUGAGUCCGGAAGAAGCCAAGAAGCUCAGGCAAAGAACAUUGCUGCAAGAUGCCGCAUCGGUCGGCAUCGCGGCCCUGGGCAUCAAGGGCGCCAUCUCGGAAAUGAAGGAGGCUCGCGAGGUGAUGCACGAGACACACGAGUGGAAGAAGAAGAAAGAGGAGAGGCAUCAGAGACGGGUCGAAAGACUGCGGGCAACGGCAAACCAGGCAAAUGACUUUGACGGGGACGGCCGUGGCGACAUUGUCGACUUCGGCAGACGCAGGGCUGACAACUGGUCUUCUUCAGCGCCGCCCAAGGCGACUCGCCUGGAGGAUGGUCCCCAUUACACUGAUGGGAAUCCAUACGGCGCCAUGCCUCGCGCUCCCUCU